GUUAUUAUUUUUAUGGAGUGUUUACAAAAUUGACUAUUUUGAGAAUUUAUGGAAUAUAUCCUUAGUAUUAAAUGAAUGUGGAUAGAUCAUACUUUACUGAAGCGGAUAAGGCCAUGUGAUUAAGUUUUGAGGAAAAGACAAAAUGUCACGAGACCCUCGUGGUGAUCCAUCCUGGAGGAGGCGGGAUGAAGCCGUGGAAAUGUCUCAAAUUAAUCCAGGAUAUUUAGAUGACAGCAUAGGAAGAGAUCCAAAUCAUCAAGUAAUAAAUAUGGAUGGGAGAAUUCCUUUAGAUAGGCGACACUCUGAUGAGGGUGCUGGGAGUGGGCAUAGCUGGGCAAGAUAUGGAUCAGCAAGAGAUGCUGCCGAGCUCAUUAGUGAAUUACCUAGCAGGCAACUUGAUCGACUGGUAAGUGACACAGGUAAAUCUAUCAGGGCAAGGAGGAAGAGCCAAAAGACACCAUUACAUGGAUCUCUACGUGGAUUCCCCCAUACCCAUAGACCAACAAAUGAUCUGACUAAUUCUAUGGCAAGGAAUGAAGAACUGAUGGAUGAAUUGGAUGGAGAUAUCAGAACAAAUGAGGUCCUCAGGGGAAUGUCAUCACACCAUCUCACAGACAAAAGACAGAUAAAACAUGAUGUAUCAGAAAAAAGAAAAGAACGAACCUUAAGCAGGAAAAAACACCAAGAAAAAUUAGGAACUUGGAAACAUAUGAAAUACAGAGUUGGCAUGACAUGGAUACAUUUCAAAAACAACCUAAAAGAAUUUGGAUAUUCAUUAGAGUUAUGGAAAAGUUUAAUGAAGAAGGUAGAAGGACAUUUCGGCACAGGUGUGACAUCUUACUUCCUGUUUCUAAAAUGGAUUUUUCUGCUGAAUAUACCUGUGUUCAUAUUGACGUUUGGAUUUGUAGUGUUACCACAAAUAUUAUUCCGCUACAACCCAACAGUAACUAAUAGUACUAAUACCAAUGUCACAUCAUAUCCUGUGCCAUUCUCAGGGGAAGAACUUCUAACAGGAGGUGGUUGGUUUAAUGACACAGAAUUAUACUAUGGAUACUACACCAAUGAACAAGUUGCAGUGCCUUUAAGUAACAGUAUCAAAUAUGACAUGAAGUAUGCUUACUUAUUUACAUGUGGAGGCUAUUAUAUACUAUGUCUAUUUAUAUUAGCUUUUAGCAUAUCUAAAUCCUACAAAAAGAAUUAUGUAGAAGGCAGCAGUACAACAAGCUUUUAUAAUGUCACUCGUGUACUCUGUGGCUGGGAUUACAACAUCACUUCAAAACAAGCCAGUGAUCUUAAACAUAAAAGUUUUUAUAAUGAAAUGAAGGAAUAUUUAGCUGGUAAAGGGAAGAAGACAAAGGAAAAAGAACUAUCAGACAGUUGUAAAUGGUUCUUUAUUCGUGUUUUGACCAAUUUAAUAGUGCUUGGUAUGAUAGGUGGUGCUGGAUAUCUUAUAUAUUAUAUCCUGGACAAAAAGUUAGCAGAGAGUGAUGUGCAUAUUAUUGGUGAACUGACCAUGCCAUUGGUGAUUUCCUCCAUACAUUUGGUCUUCCCAUUUAUAUUUGCCAGAAUUGGUUCUCUGGAGAGUUAUGAAAAGCCUAAGCAUGAAUUAUAUGUAGGAAUGUUCAGAACCAUGUUGUUGAAAGGGGCAUUACUUGGUAUAUUGGUUUCAUACUGGUUCAGAGUGCUUCCAGGAUCAGUUUAUUGCUGGGAAACUAAAGUUGGCAAUGAAUUGUAUAGACUUGUAUUGGUAGAUUUUAUAUUUAUACUUGGUGCUACCUUCUUCCUGGAGUUUAUCCAUAAAAUUAUGGCAAACUAUUGUUGUACAGAGAAAUUAAAAGAACCUGAGUUUGAUAUUGGUAGGAAUACACUAGAUCUGAUAUAUUCACAAGCAUUAUGUUGGUUUGGUACAUUUUAUUCACCGUUGUUGUCUGUUAUGAUGAUUGUCAAAUUGUUCAUUUUGUUUUAUGUCAAAGUUGUUAGUGUCCUACAUAACUGUAGACCAUCUUCCAAAGCAUGGAGGGCUUCCAGAACACAUACUAUAUUUCUGGGAUUUCUGUUUUUCUUCUUUUUAUUAACAACUGUUGCUGUUGCAGUGAGCAUAAUUACAAUUACCCCAAGUCGCCAUUGUGGACCAUUCAGAGAGCAGGAUAAAGCAUAUGAUGUUGUAACAAACUUGGUAAAUAGUUGGAAGGAUGAUUAUAAAGUGUUACAUGAGAUUGUUAAAGUUAUAUCAUCACCUGGAGUUAUAGCAGGAGUUUUAGUCAUACUAUGUGUGGGUACAUACUACAUGAGAAUUGUUAUGGUGGGACAUAAAGAAAUGGUUACAUUACUUAGACAUCAAUUAACUAUGGAAGGGAAAGAUAAAGCAUAUUUACUAAGGAAACUUCAGAAAGUAAGAACAAAGAAAAAAGAGAAAUUAGUCCAGAUAGGACAAGGAACAGGUCGCAUACUUUCUGGGACUACUGGCCUAAGAGAACCUCCAGAACAAGUACUGGAGGAAGAAGAAGUUAAUGGAGGUAAAAGAAUUUUUACAAGAAAGUUAGCUGAAACUGCAUCGGCUUCUAUGGAAAAUUUAGCAGCAAAUGGAAAUGGUACACCUAGAAGUAGACGACAUCAGAAAAAAUAGUCCCUUUAUCAACCCUAAACUCAAAGAUAUGCAGGGUUAUUAGAACUGUAUCAAGUCCCUUUAGCAAUAUUCAUAUUAAUGUACAGACUCUAACAUUGAUUUAAUGAUAUAGUUUUUCAAUAAUCAGAUUGUUUUAAUAGAUUUUGAUUGUGAAUUGAUUAUAACAUGAUAAGAAAUUUCCAUGUAAGUCAGUUUUCUUAUAAAAGUACAGAAUAGUAUUGUAGAAACAAUUGUGUUAUGCUAUACAAUAUUAGUCGGAUCUAUUUUACCUAGGUACUAUUAUUUUUUAGUCUAGAACUCUAGGUUGUAGCCUGAAACAAAACACAUCAUAAAGUAUACACUUGGUGUUUUUAACGACCUUAAAUACCCACGAGGUCUUGCACGGUCAGUUAUUUUUUUUGAAAAAAAAUAUUUAAGAUUGAGGAGAAGUGUGGGUGAUAAAAAUGACAAUAUCACACAAAAAUUAGUCAAAUAAAGAAGUUUCUUCAAAAACAAGUUUUAUAUACUUAAUUGAUAUAUUUUGUUGUCGAAGUAUUUGCCAUAUGGAAGUUUUGGUAAUUUAUGCAAUGGUGCAGACUCUGUCGUUAAUUGUUAACAUUCCAUGACUACAAAAACCAUUCCAAAAUUAACUAUUUAUUACGAAUAUUUUGUAUUUCUGUACAGUUGCCUAAUCUAAUGUGCUGUUUGCUCAAAUUUGUUAUUUAUUAUAGUAUCAGGGAUGAAGGUUUGAAUUAUUACUGCAAUGUACAAAACUUUUAAGUGUAAGUUUUAUAAACAAUGGUGUUAAGCUCUCUUUCUUGCAUGUUCUGAUUUUUUAUGAGCAUUAUGUUUUUAAAAAAAGCAAAUAUCACUUAGUUUUAAUGUUACUAUUUUCUUUUAAAAAAAAUGUUAAAUCUAUAUAUGUGUAUUUAAUAUACAUGUAUAUACAUUUGUAGUGAGAUGUAUCUGGGCAUUGUUAGGUUUGCAAAAUUUAUUAUCUAUGCAAUUCUUUUGAGGCAUUAGUACUAUUUGUCGGAAUUUUUUUCUCUGUUUUUCUCAGGCAUUCAAACACAUAGGUUUUAAUACAUGUAGUGUGGAGCUUAUAAUAGAGAUACUAAUAGAAUAGCCGUAAAUAAUAGAAAUAUAGAAAUCCAUCUAUCUACAAAUUAUAAAGGUACUGUAAAUGUAUAAUUCUUUGUAGCAGUUUACGGUUUAGAAUCUCACAAAUGAAUACUUGUUAGUUGUGAAGUAAAAAAAAAAAGUGGUAGAUGAUAAAAGUCAUAUACAAAAGACUAUACUUAGUCUAAAUAUAAUCACCUAUCGUUGUCAUUUCAUACUUGUUCAAUCAAAAUUUUAGAAAUAACCCUAAAACAUGGGAUGAGUUUUCUAAUGCAGAUAGAUUUCAAACAAUGAAAAAAUCUCAUACAUUUAUUUUCCAUAUCCUGUCUCUUAAAAUUUAGAAAUUAAAUAUUACCCUGCAUGAUACAAUGAUAGGCGAAAAUCUUGAAGAGUCCCUAUAAGUUAAAACUCAUGUAUAUCAAACCAUUGAAUUUGUAAAUAUUAGGAUGACAAUCAAAAACUUUUUGACUUAAUUGCUUUGAAGAUGAAACAUUUGUUUUUCAUAUGUCUAUGCAACAGUCUUUAUAAGUUUAUUUGUAAAAUAAGCUUUUCUACAUGGCUUGGUCUGCUUGUUUUUUUGCGUUUUGUACACUUUUUGCCAUGAUAAGAAUUAUUUGUAGCUACACUCUGCACAUAACAGUAACCUUUUUUCAGCUCAACUAAAAAUGAUGUAAUUUUAAUGAAUAAGGAUAGUUCAAUACAUGUGCAAUAUAGCAGUACUUUAUGUGUCUGAAGAAUGUGAUUCAAUAAAAUAGAUCUAAUAUUUAUCUAAAGCACUCUGUAUCAUAUAUUUAAUGUGGUAGUGUUCAUUUUAUAGAAAUACAUUGUAAGGAAGGGAAAUAAUGCAUAUACAUUAGAUUAAACUGAAUUUCUUGGUUUUGUGAAUGAAUUUCUAAAAAUUAGGCUUUUAUUUGUUUUUUUUGUACAUGUAAUUCUUAAAUUUAAUGCUAAAUAAACACAUAUUUAUCUAGAAUUGUUCAAGCAUGUAAAAAUUAUUGAUGUUAAAUUAUAUGUAUCUCACUGCUGAUGUUUAAAAUUUAUUUCAUACAAAAUAUUUGUGAAAAUUUCACCUUUAAUAUGAUAUGUCAAGGACAAAUGCUUCCAAGGUGCAUUAUAGUUAGAACAGAAUGCAAAACACUAUGCAGGUAUUUUAUUUAUAGCUUUAUUCUAUUUGACCCAAGUAUACUGUAGUAGUAUAGAAACACCUAUAAAGGUAGCAGUGUAUAUAGAACUUAUUACAAUCAUAAUUAUAUUUCUUAUAUUUAUUAAUCUACAUAUAUAUUUUAUAAAGAUGUCCCAUAUGCAUAAUUGUAAUUUAACAUUUUAACCUUGUUGACAAAUAUUUGUUUAAUAAAAUUGGAAACAAAA